CUAAAUCAACAUGGUAUCAGAGCACAAAGAUCCUAACCUCUCUCUUCCUUUGCUGCGCUAAUCACCGGAAAAAAAUCGGCAGAGCCGAUUCCUCCACUGUCGAUCACGCCGUGCACAGCCAUGGCCUCUUCCUCGUCUGAUCCUUUGGAUCGUCUUCCUACGGGUCUCAAGUUGUUUGUCCGGAAUCUUCAAUCUCUCACCCCGGUCAAGCUUGAUGACACCAAUUAUCCCUCUUGGUUGGCUACCGUCCGUGCAAAUCUUCUCGCUCAUCGUCUUCUCGGCUAUGUGGAUGGGUCUGAACCAUCUCCUCCGUCUUUUGUCCUUGAUGAGAAGGCUGCGGCACCUAGCAAGGAUGAACCGUCGGUUAUGAAACCAAAUCCGGCCUAUGAAUCCUGGAAUAUUAUUGAUGCUCAAAUUCGGGCCUGUCUCCUUGCUAUUGUCUCACCCACGGUUCAAACACAUAUUCAUGCUCUUCCCACCUCGGCUGCAAUUUGGAAUCAUCUAGAACAACGGUACAAUUCUCUUUCCCGAACUCAUAUUUUUCAACUGAAGGAGCGACUACAUGGUGUCACUAAAGGGACCGAUUCGAUGCAAUCCUAUUUGGACACUGUUCUCACGAUUGUGUCGUCUCUAAAACUGGCUCAUGAAGAAAUUUCUGAACAAGAUAUUAUUCUCUGCGUUCUUCGCGGUCUACCGACUGACUAUGCCUCCCUCAAGCAAAAUAUUCGCACCAAUAUUGCCACCGUCACGUUUAAUCAGGGGAAGAGAAAAAACAGGAGAAUAGAUAAAGAUGAGAAAUUUUUGGGCACACAUGGGUUUAUGCAAAAAGAGUUGAUAAUAUCAUCCGAAAAGGGAACAUCCAUAGCCGGCUGCUGCCGGUGUGAAAUUGCAAGGAAGGCGUGCUUUGCCGGCGUUCCUCUUCGCCGCCACGUGCAUCAUUCCAGGUUUCUCUGCUUUCACUUUCUCAAUUUCCGUUUAAUGAAUGGAUCAGUGCUUCAAGGGCUUGUUUGGUAGAGGGAUUUUGAAGCGGAGGAUUGAUAUCUGUUUUGUCAAUUACGGAGUAAUUUAUCUCAACUUCGUGUUAGUCUUAGUUUAGAAAAUCCACUAACAUCUGCAGACAGCGGAUGAUUUGGCUCUGAUCAGAAUGUGAUUUUAAAAUAUUUUUUUAUCAAUCUGAUGCUGUAUUUGAUUUCAAAUUGUCUUUUAUUAUUAGGGUUUCUUUUGUCAGUCUCAUACAGUUUGAACUACAUUUCAGUUGUGUUGCAGUUAUCUGCUUGAAGAAUGGCAUUUGCUUUACAUUCACAUUUCCUUGACAACCGGAGCAUUCGUUCUCAGAAAAGGGUUAGCUGGGCUGCCUCUGAGCGUGUAGCUGUAGUGGAAUUCUCUCCACCUAGAUGGAGACUCACACGAGUGAAACUUCCUAAAACUCUUAGGAUAUGCAGUUUUUUGGGUUAUAGAUGUACUGGCCUUCGUUUACAUAUAAAUGAGAAUAGCUCUUUGAUGAGAAAUAAUAACAUUGGUACUUAUAAGGUAAAUACUCCAUAGUUGAUUUCUUCCUAUUUAUGCAUUCGGCUUUUCGCUGCUAUAAUUUUUAUUGUGAAGUCUUAUUCCUUGCUUGAAGUGUUAACAAAAUUUAGAUAGUUGGUUAGUACUGUAAUAUUCAUGCCACCCACCCCUAUGGUAUGUUUGGAUCCCGAAAAAUGCUAAGGAAAGGGAAUAAUGCUAAGGGAAGUCAGUCUACUUCCUUGAAAUUUCCUCGGACACUUUCCUUUUCAUUUAAUUCCCCUAGCAUUUUCUGAGUUCCAAACCUACACCAACUACUUUGGAUCAAGGUUGCUGGUAGAUCUUGUUUUAUGUUUGUUGUCGCUCCCUUUGCCUUAUAUGUGUAUUUUGCUGAUUGUAAGUUGCUUUAGGAGAUAUCCAAAUACUGGGAGUCAUUACCCACGGUCAUCGGUAGGAAGUGGGGCCACUUUGCGAAAACUGCAAUAAUAACUGCAUUUGUCUUAAUGGUAAUUCCAAAUGCUGAUGCAGUGGAUGCUCUAAAAACUUGUACUUGCUUACUGAAAGAGUGCAGGUAUUUCAUGGAAUAUGCUUGCCUGGUAAAGCACUAGCAUGACAUUAUGCCUAAAACAUGACAGCAGAUGUGUUAGUACGUGAUUUGAUUAGUAAUUUUUAUUACGUAGUAGUAUCCUUAGGAAAGUUUUGAUCUAGUGGUAAGGUGGCCAUAUUACCUCUAACUAAUCCUCCAUAUUGGUCUUAGUAUAGGAGUCUUAAGUAUGAAUCUCUUAUUGAUUCAUGUAACCGACUCCAUUUUAGUUGGGAUAAGGCUCGGUUUUUGUAUGAGUUUAAAGUAUGCAUAGGAAAAAAUGGAGUGUACUAAA